GACAGACAGUGAAAAUAAGAAGGGCACAGGAAAUCAGUGAUAUUGUAGUGUGGGGAUGCAUCAACGCUUCUUGUGAUGGGGCUAAACUUAUAAAUCAGAGGGCUGAUUUGAAUUUUGGGCAGACCAGCGGAGAGGCUGCUGGUACCAGGCAGCGACACAGGACCAACCUGAACCCGGAGAGAGAAGACCUGGAGGGACUUUCCUCACCGCCCACUGCCCACAAACUCUCGCCUAUGUACCCCAAGGAGGAGCACAGCGCAGAGGGCAUCAGCUCCUCUGUCAAUUACCUUGAUGGAGCUUAUGAGUACCCAGACCCCACACAGACCUAUGGCACCACGUCACCCGCAGAGCCUCUCUCUGUCGGAUACUUCCUGGCUCCUACGGACCACCACGCACCCCCUGUCGAAGAACAUAUGCAGACGUUCAGCGGAGAAUCCAGCAGCCCUCUCAUGUUUGCACCCACCAGCCCUCAGCUGUCCCCGUACCUGAGCCAUCAUGGAGGACACCACUCGACCCACCAGGUGUCCUACUACCUGGACACCUCGUCUAGCACAGUCUACAGGUCCAGUGUGGUGUCUUCUCAGCAGGCAGGUGUUGGUCUGUGUGAGGUGUUGUGCAGUGCGACUGACAGGCAGGAGAUGUACACCGGAUCAAGAGCUGCAGGAGGAUUUGAUUCAGAGAAGGAGACGCGCUUCUGUGCGGUGUGCAGUGACUAUGCUUCCGGCUAUCAUUAUGGAGUCUGGUCCUGUGAGGGAUGCAAAGCUUUCUUCAAGAGAAGCAUUCAGGGUCACAAUGACUAUGUUUGUCCAGCAACCAACCAGUGCACUAUUGACAGAAACCGCAGGAAGAGCUGCCAAGCAUGCAGACUACGCAAGUGUUAUGAAGUAGGCAUGAUGAAAGGAGGUAUUCGUAAAGACCGCGGUGGCCGCGCUAUCAGGCGUGAGCGGAGGAAGAGCGAUAAUGAGGAUCGUGAUAAGAGCUACAGUGAGCAGUCAAGCCGUGUUGGACUGAGGACACCUCAGGACAAGAGGAAGAAGAGCAGCGCCGAGGUGGUCAGUGCUUUAUGCAUGCCACCUGACCAGGUGCUGGUGUUGCUUCUGGGUGCAGAGCCACCGGCUGUCUGUUCACGUCAGAAGCACAGCCCCCCGUACACCGAGAUCACCAUGAUGUCCCUGCUCACAAACAUGGCUGACAAAGAACUCGUCCACAUGAUCGCCUGGGCUAAGAAAGUACCAGGGUUCCAGGACCUCUCUCUGCAUGACCAGGUUCAGUUGUUGGAGAGCUCUUGGCUGGAGGUGUUGAUGAUCGGCCUCAUAUGGAGGUCCAUUCAUUCACCUGGAAAACUCAUCUUUGCUCAGGAUCUCAUCCUCGAUAGGAAUGAAGGAGAAUGUGUCGAGGGGAUGGCUGAGAUUUUCGACAUGCUUUUGGCGACUGUGGCUCGAUUACGGAGUCUAAAACUCAAGCUGGAGGAAUUUGUAUGUCUUAAAGCCAUCAUACUUCUCAAUUCUGGUGCAUUUUCAUUCUGCUCCAGUCCAGUGGAGCCCCUGAUGGACAGCUUCAUGGUGCAGUGCAUGCUGGACAACAUCACUGAUGCCCUCAUAUACGGGAUCAGCAAAUCCGGUGCCUCUCUGCAGCUGCAGUCCCGGCGUCAGGCGCAGCUCCUGCUACUGCUCUCCCACAUCAGACACAUGAGCAACAAAGGAAUGGAGCACUUAUAUCAUAUGAAAUGUAAGAAUCGAGUCCCGCUGUAUGAUCUUUUGCUGGAGAUGCUGGAUGCCCAGCGAUUCCAAUCCCCAGGAGAGGUGCAGCGACUGGGAGCACAGAGUGAGAAAGACCCCCCGUCCACACCACCCACCAGAGGACCUGGAGCCACGCAGCCCAACACUGGCUGUCUCAGCCAAAGUCCAGACCCAUGACCUAUGUACCAUAUACAAUCCCAACAGCUGCAGAAUGUGAAGACUGCCAAUCAGGAAUAAGAACUGUGAUUCAAAACAACGGUGGAGUCUCUCCUUGUGCCUUAUCAGAGUACACUUUAGAUUUUAAUCUAGAAAUUAACUCAUUUGAAAAUUAACUUAUUUGUAGAAACACACAGGUUGGCUCCCAAACACUAUUCAUCCUUGUUCACUUGAUUCAUGAUUUUUUUUUUUUUUUUCCCAAAGCUUAUUACAGGGAUUUAAGACAUUUUCUCAGACUUGUGAAAAAGGGCUUUCUGGCAGUCUUGUAGUACUCGAGACUCGGACUCGGUCUCGAGACCAUAUUUUAAUGGUCUUGGUCUUGUCAUGGACUCGUGUCCAUUUGGACUCGGAAUUGACUCGUACUCGAACAUUUUUUUUUAGGACUCGGAAUUAUUCCCGAGUCCACUCGAGUUCAAUUCAAAAUAUGUUUCAUGAUUAUUAAUGUAUGUUAAUAAAAUAUUUCUUUAAACUGAUUGACACGCCCAGUGAUUGGUGAUUUUCUAGUGCGCAACUGCGCAUGACCAAUUGUAAUAAAAUUACUUUUAACACCACCUACUAUGUGGCCUUUUUUACCCUAAACUGAUCAUAUUUUUUAAACUCUAAGUAAAUUCAGUAAAAAAAAAAAAAAAAAGGAUUUCUCUAAGUAAAUAAAAGUAAAUUAGGUAGUCAACCCUCACUGGUCUCGGUCUCGACUCGGACUCGACCGCCUCUGGUCUCGGACUCGACUCUCUAUGGACUCGGUCUUGACUCGGACUCGACUCUCUCUGGUCUCGGUGUCGACUCGGACUCGAGUGAGGUGGUCUCGACUACAACACUGCUUUCUGGUGCACUGAGAGACUGCUAAUUUUUAAAAGAUUUCUUUUAAUAUCUAUUGAGUGACAGCUUUAACAUCACAAACAAUAAAUAAAAUAAAAAAGGACAACCAAGAGCCUUUGAAGUGCACUAGAAACUAGCAUAUUUGCAAGUAAAAUCUGUUUAAUUGCUAAACAUUUAGACAUUGAUUAGUCCACCACUGGAUUAGAAAACAGGUGUUGUUAUAUUGACAUUUCACUGUCAAAUCUGAUCUAUCAAGUGGUAUAUGUUAACUAAUUUUUUCAUGUUACUAAUUAUUUACAUUAUUGCAAUAACAUUAGCUAUAUGUAUAAUUACAAUCAGGUCUUAAUAUAAAAGUAACAUGAACAUUAAUAUAAAGUGUGACCAAACUGAAAACACCAGAGGAGAAAAGUUACUCUUAGAACAAAGAAAAACAAGAAAAAAGUAAUUUAUUCUCGCAAUUAGAGAGCUAUUUCUCGAUACGAAUCAUUGCUCUUUUUAAUGUUAACAUUAACUCAAAUGGCUCAGUGAUCAGUGGCGACAUUAGUAGCAUCUUUUUUUGUACAAAGACGUUUACUUAUUGGUUGGCUGAUAUCACAAAAUCUUAAGUCCUAUUUUUGCUCUUUUAAAGUGCUGUAAUUGGGCUUUAUAGCCACGUUAACAUGACAUGCAAAUGCUAACGAGCUAAAUUUCCUCAAUGUGAAGGACACUGACUGUCUCGCAUUACGACGUAAACUACAUCGUCACCUUUUCUCGCAAAUCUGUGAAUGUGUUUGGUAAUAGUCCAGUAGACUUGUACUUUGCAUUUAUCAGCUAUUAUAUUUGAUACUUGAAUGUUAUGAUUGGUACUGUACAAGUUUUGAUUUUGAAGCUCAAUAAUUUGGCUCAAUUAAUUAUAAAGAAUAGUUGAAAAAUAUACUAAAUGAAAAGAUGUGUCUUUAUUGUCAGCAUUAGCAAACUGUACAUAGAUAAAUAGGCAUAGACAUUGUCAUCUUAAUGAAUGUUUUUUGUCAUAUUGUCAUAUCACAUAAAUUAACAGAUUGUGAGCUUAGAAUUAUAAGGUUCUAUCUCCACUUUUGGUCAAAAUUGAGUUUUUGACAUAAUCUGAUCCAUUAGGUGUUUAUUAAUGCCUGUGUGGUGUUAUUUUUGUAAAAAAAAAAAAAAGAUUAAUAGAUAAAGCUAUAAUAGAAGAUUAUACUACAUAACAGUUUUGCCAGCUGGGAUGUAAAAACUUUGAUGCUCAAUAUCUCAGAACUACCCUAAACGGAGAUAGAACCUUAUAAUUCUAAUCUCACGAGAUGAUGGUAAUGACUGUUUUACAUUU